AUGAGAUCAAUUUGCACAUUCUGUGCGUUAGCCUUAGCUAGCAGUUUAAUUUUAGUGAACGCAGAAGAAGCAAAAAAGGAAGAAAAAGACGGCAAAAAGGAUGUAGGAACUGUAAUUGGUAUCGAUCUUGGAACAACUUAUUCUUGGUGAGUAAAGUAACUGAUGUGGGAAUCUUGAAGUGAAUUUUUUUUCUCUAGUAUUCUAUCGUUGUCUUGUUAUCUUUCCGAAGCGUUCAGUCUCGGAAAAGUCGCUAAAGGUUGAUUCUUCGGUUGAACUUCUUUUCCAUGUCCUGAAUGUUACAGUGAACUCGUAGCUUUAAACCGAUCGUGUAAAUUGCGUAAUCUUUGAUUUUCACUAUACUCAGUCCUAAAUUAUAUCUCUUUCAAUGUUGCAGUGUUGGUGUAUUUAAAAAUGGCAGAGUUGAGAUCAUCGCAAACGAACAGGGAAACCGAAUUACCCCAUCUUACGUGGCCUUCACUCCAGAGAACGAGCGUCUCAUUGGUGAUGGAGCGAAAAAUCAGCUGACUACAAAUCCAGAGAAUACUGUUUUUGACGCGAAACGGUUGAUCGGUAGGACAUGGGAUGAUAAAGCUGUUCAAGGCGACAUCAAGUUCUUCCCAUUCAAAGUUAUCGAAAAGAACAAGAAGCCACACAUUCAGAUUUCGGUGAAGGGAGAACAGAAAACAUUUGCAGCUGAGGAAAUCAGUGCUAUGGUUUUAACGAAAAUGAAGGUAAGAUCAACUGAUGGUUUAAGGGGAAAAAAUUAAAAAAUGUUGUAGAAAGAUUUGAAACCGAGCAUUAGACCCUUGAAGGUGCUUAUUCCUUUUAAGGUUACCGGUGCUGCGAUCUUAAAUAAUGACUUCACAGGUUCAGGGAAAUUUAUUUAUAAACAUUAACUUAAUUAUUCAGUUAGGUUUUCAAAUUGAUGGUUAUUUUAUCACAUGUAUCCAAUGUCUUCACUGUAGCUUUACUGGUACUCAAAUGAACCCUUAACAAUCUAAUAUCACUAUCCAUAUUCUCCUAAAUCUCCUCCAUACAUAUCCUUGGGUACAGAUGAGGAGAAUUUGUCAAAUAAUCAAAACAUAUUGGGUUGGUGAUCAUUUCCUUUAUUCUAGUGCUCUCAGUGAAUGACUUGGCAGUAUUACUGUGACAAGGAAUUGCAUGCUAGUCACUCUUUGGGUUUAAAGGGUCAAUACAUAUGAGUUUCCUGAUAUGUGUCACAUAAUUUCAACUAACUUUGAAAACAGGUAAAGUGAUACCCAUGGUUCUGGGGCUCCCUCAUCAUUUCAUGACAGAGUGUUGCCCUGCGUUGUUCAAAGGCAAAAUAAGUUGAGCAUGAGAUAGAUUGACUUGCAUCAGAUUCACUUCCAGCUAAAAAUAGUACAUUAUUUAGUGGUUUAUGUUUUAUCUCUUGGAAAGCCUCAUCCUAUUAUUCAUCAACAACUGACCCACCAGCCAUAAUUGGUUUUUUAACCCUUUAACUCCUAUGAGUGACCAAGACAGAAUUUCUCCUUACAAUAUUGGUGUAAUAUCAAGCAUACAAGUGAUGACAAGAAAGGAAAAUAUCAGUCAAGGGAUUAUUUGUUGAUCCAAUACCAAAUCCUCUAAACUAACUUUACAAGAACCUUAUGGGAGAGAGAGGAAGGAGAACUAGGGUUGUCUGGAUCUUAAACAGGCAUUGUAACAAAAUCCAGGUUUCCAAAAUUUGGUUGGCAUACUCCUUCUUUCACCCUGAUGUAACUGAAUCAUUUUUCUUUUAUUGACCUUGUAGGAAAUUGCAGAAGCCUACUUGUCAAAGAAAGUUACACAUGCUGUGGUUACUGUCCCUGCCUACUUCAAUGAUGCUCAGCGUCAGGCUACCAAGGAUGCUGGAACCAUUGCUGGCCUUAAUGUGAUGAGAAUCAUCAAUGAGCCAACAGCUGCUGCCAUUGCUUAUGGUCUUGACAAAAAGGAGGGAGAAAAGAACAUCUUAGUGUUUGAUCUAGGAGGUGGAACCUUUGAUGUGUCUCUUCUGACUAUUGACAAUGGAGUUUUUGAGGUGGUAGCCACCAAUGGUGACACUCAUCUUGGUAAGUUGCUUUGAUAUGAAGAUUGUGGUGAAUGGUUAACUUUCCCUGGUAAUACUUCAAUCAAGGAAAGUUCCUGAAAGAGAUCGUAUUGAAUUGUUAACAAGGUCAAAUAACAGCCAAAAAUAAAAUGCAAGUCAAAAGUCUUGAUAUUUAAUGUUACUUUUCAAUUCGUAGAAUUUGAUUUGUUAUAAUACUCCUCCUCUCUAACUUUUAUCCUUUAUCUAUAUCUUGGUAGGUGGUGAAGACUUUGAUCAGAAAAUCAUGGACUACUUCAUCAAGAUGUACAAGAAGAAGAAGGGCAAGGACAUUCGCAAGGACAACAGAGCUGUUCAGAAACUGCGUCGUGAAGUUGAGAAAGCUAAACGUGCCCUUAGUACACAGCACCAGGCUAGAAUUGAAAUUGAAUCAUUCUUUGAUGGAGAGGACUUCUCAGAGACUUUGACAAGAGCCCGCUUUGAGCAGGAAAAUAAUGUAAGUGGAAAGAUAUUUUGUUCACCUUCAUUUUUGAUGGGCCCUUCCUUUUGAAAGAAGUAAGUCUGUUGUUAGAUACUUGGUGAAGAUUCUGACAUUUUAUGUAAACAUUUUCUGGCACUGUUAAGCAUGUUUACUCAUUUUCUCUUUCAAUUGGUUGCUUUAGUUAUUGUAACUAAUAGUAAUGUCACUUAAUAUUUGCAGGAUGCUUUCAAAUCCACACUGAAGCCAGUGAGGAAGGUUCUGGAAGAUGCUGACCUGCAGAAGAAAGACAUUCAUGAAAUUGUUCUUGUUGGUGGCUCCACCCGUAUUCCAAAAAUCCAACAGCUUGUCAAGGAGUUCUUUGAUGGUAAAGAGCCAAGCCGUGGCAUCAACCCUGACGAGGCUGUAGCUUAUGGAGCAGCUGUUCAGGCCGGAGUAUUGGGUGGAGAAGAAGAUACUGGAGAAGUAGUGCUUCUUGAUGUUAAUCCCCUUACUUUGGGUAUCGAGACUGUGGGUGGAGUUAUGACCAAGCUCAUUAACAGAAACUCCGUCAUUCCAACAAAGAAGGCACAGGUAUUCUCCACAGCUGCAGACAACCAGAACACAGUUACUAUCCAGGUUUAUGAAGGUGAGCGACCCAUGACCAAAGACAACCAUCUUCUUGGCAAAUUUGACCUGACUGGAAUUCCUCCUGCUCCUCGUGGUGUACCGCAGAUUGAGGUCACCUUUGAAAUUGAUGUCAAUGGUAUCUUGAGAGUGUCAGCAGAGGACAAGGGCACUGGAAACAAGGAGAAGAUCACAAUCACCAAUGACCAGAACAGGCUGUCUCCAGAAGAUAUUGAGCGUAUGGUAAAUGAUGCAGAGAAGUUUGCUGACGAUGACAAGAAAGUUAAGGAACGUGUGGAAGCACGGAAUGAGUUGGAGAGCUACACAUACUCAUUGAAGAACCAGGUUGGUGAUAAAGAAAAGCUUGGUGGAAAACUUUCUGAAGAAGACAAAGAAACAAUCAACAAAGCUGUAGAGGACAAGAUUUCCUGGCUUGAUAAGAAUGCUGAUGCUGAGGCAGAAGAUUACAAAAAGCAAAAGAAAGAGCUUGAAGACAUUGUUCAACCUCUUGUUAGUAAGUUGUACCAAGGACAAGGCCCAGGUGGGGAGGGAGCUCCUCCACCUGAGGAGAAGCCUGAAGAGGAGCACGAUAAAGAUGAGCUUUAA